AUGCACUCUUCACCAGUGCUUGCAGCAGCACUUGCCGCCUUCUUUGGCCUCUCAUCUGCUUUGGCUCUCCCUUCCGACGUUGAUACUCGCAACGUCAUCCAACCCGAUGUAGCAAUCAUUGCUCGAGCUUCCUCUGCAAUCAACGCCGCCAUCCAAACUUUACCCACACUCAGCCCCAGUUCAUGGUCACCAGUGCUCACGUCCCCUUUUACCUGCAGGUCUCCGCCCCAGGAUAUCUUGGAUGGCUUCUACGACCAGGUGAAUGCGCUGCAGGGCCAGCCCACCUCUUUUUAUACCGGUGCGGCGUGGAGGGCCCAAGAUAGCGGUAUUCUUUGCGAGUAA